AACCUGCGGUUUGGCCCCUUUUGCGUUCGAAGCAGCCGCAGUGCGAUUGGGGAAACGAGAGAGAUGAAGAUCUUCGUCAAGACGCUCAAGGGCUCCAACUUCGAGAUCGACGUCAACCCCGAAGACACGGUUGCUGAUGUAAAAAAAAAUAUUGAGACCUCUCAAGGAAAGACUGUUUACCCAGCUGAACAGCAAAUGCUUAUACAUCAAGGGAAAAUUCUUAAAGAUGAUACAACAUUGGAUGAGAACAAAGUUUUCGAAAAUAGUUUUCUUGUUAUAAUGCUGAGUAAGACCAAGGGCUCAUCUAGUGGAGCUUCGACUACAGAAAAAGUACCUGUAAGUCAGGCCCCACCUACUAUUACUGCCCCCCCUGUUUCUUCAGUUCCUGUGUCAGCUCCAUCUCAAGUACCUGCACCAACAUUGUCUUCGGUACCUACAAAUGCACCAACUCCUACUGCCACAGCUGCUCCAGCCCCUGCAGCUACCAUAUCCACAGAAGUGGAUUCAUAUGGUCAAGCAGCAUCAAAUCUUGUUGCUGGUAGUACCUUGGAACAAACCAUUCAACAAAUUCUUGACAUGGGUGGGGGAACUUGGGAGAGGGACACUGUUGUUCGUGCCUUGCGUGCUGCAUAUAACAACCCUGAGCGAGCUGUUGAAUAUUUAUACUCUGGAAUUCCUGAUCAUGCUGAAGCCGCACCAGUUGCACGAGCACCAGCAAGUGGGCAAACAGUCAAUUCCCCAGUUGAGGCUCCACAGCCAGUUCAGCCUGCAGUUCCUUCAAGUGGUCCUAAUGCUAAUCCUUUGGAUAUAUUUCCCCAGGGUCUGCCAAAUGUUGGAUCACAUGCCGGUGGGGGCAGCCUGGACUUCCUGAGGAAUAGUCCACAGUUUCGAGCCUUGCAGGCUUUGGUGCAGGCAAACCCUCAAAUUCUGCAGCCCAUGCUUCAAGAGCUGGGGAAGCAAAAUCCUCAGAUUAUGAGGCUCAUUCAGGAACAUCAGGGGGAGUUUCUUCGAUUGAUAAAUGAGCCUGCUGAGGGAACUGAGGGUAGCAACGUCCUAGGUCAGUUAGCUGCUGGAAUGCCACAAGCCCUGACGGUUACUCCUGAGGAGCGCGAAGCCAUUGAGCGUCUUGAAGCGAUGGGUUUCGAUCGGGCGCUUGUGCUGCAGGUCUUCUUUGCUUGCAACAAGAACGAGGAGCUGGCUGCAAACUAUCUUUUGGAUCAUAUGCAUGAGUUUGAAGACUGAUCUGCAAACACAAUUGGAACAGGUUUUUCAUUCAGCUUCUACUGUGCUUAUAAGCCAAAUUAAGAGCGCUGUGUAAUAUCCAUAUAUGCUGCUUAAGAGCACGGGGGUUAUGGAAUGACUUUACUUUUCUUUAUAGUUUCUUGGAGACGUAAUUGUGUAUAAAGAUUAAGUAAUCGUUUUUUAAUCAUUUUCCUUGUGUUACGUUUCAAGCAA